AAGAUGACAACAGCAGCCAGACCAACUUUUGAGCCUGCAAGAGGUGGAAGAGGAAAAGGAGAAGGUGAUUUGAGCCAGCUUUCUAAGCAGUAUUCAAGCAGAGACCUACCCUCUCAUACAAAGAUAAAAUACAGACAAACAACCCAGGAUGCCCCUGAAGAAGUUCGCAAUCGGGACUUCAGAAGAGAGUUGGAAGAGAGAGAAAGAGCUGCUGCAAGAGAAAAAAAUAGAGAUCGUCCCACACGAGAACAUACAACUUCUUCAGUGUCAAAGAAGCCUAGGCUAGACCAGAUUCCUGCUGCUAACCUUGACGCAGAUGAUCCUUUAACAGACGAUGAAGAUGAAGAUUAUGAAGAGGAGAGUGAUGAUGAUGACACUGCAGCUCUUCUUGCGGAACUAGAAAAAAUUAAAAAAGAAAGAGCUGAAGAGCAAGCCAGGAAGGAACAAGAACAAAAAGCUGAAGAAGAAAGAAUCCGCAUGGAAAACAUUUUGAGUGGAAACCCACUUCUUAAUCUCACUGGUCCAUCCCAGCCUCAGGCUAACUUUAAAGUAAAAAGAAGAUGGGAUGAUGACGUUGUCUUCAAGAAUUGUGCAAAAGGUGUAGAUGAUCAGAAGAAAGACAAAAGAUUUGUAAAUGAUACACUGCGAUCUGAAUUUCACAAAAAGUUCAUGGAGAAAUAUAUUAAGUAGUACAGUUUUAUG